AGUCGAACGCACGCUAUCGCUCGACACCGAGCGGAGCUACCCUAUAUAAUUUUCAUCCCCCCCCCGUUUGGUUUGUUUACACAUUUUUCUGAUUGAUUUGGACGCUCGCUUAAGUGCGCGAAUUUUGAGUUUUGCUCUUUUUGGUACUGGUGUACUAACUUUCGUUGCAGUGACGUUUUCGGUUGCACGCACUAUACCUAUAUUAGACUAUUUUAUGUGUUUGUGCAAGUUACAUGGACUCCUGGAUAAUUUGUUUUUGAAACUGUGUUUUCCUGGAUUUGCGUGAAGGUGCGUGAAAUGAUUCUGCAUGCUUGCGGGAGAUAACCUGAUGAUUCUGUAGGAGGUUUAAACAGGAAUGAUUGAACCUUUAUGUUAUCGACUAUGGCUACCGUCACUUCUGGCAUCAUAUCUCCAAAUUCCUACGGCCUAAAUACAGAUGCCAUCAAGAUGGCGACAGAGAACGCCGACGAUGACUACUCACGCUACCCCUGCUCGGAGCCGUUCGACUCGCGCGCCAACUCCAGCGAUUCAGAUCAGGAGAACUACGCGGCCGCCUCGCCCAAGGACGAACUGCCGAAGCGCAACAAGCGCAAGAACUUCAAGCCGCGCUGCUCGAACGUCGCGUACUCCGACGCCGAGACGUUCGACGACCGAGGAGUGGCCGAGUUCGACAACAACAACGUCGAAGGUGGCCUGAGUCGGAGGAAGGCGAUGGCGACCAGGAAAGUGGCGGUCGAGUCCACACGGUUCGGUCCCAUGGACCUCAGCAAAACCAACGACACGGACUCCAACAGCGACUCGGAAUACAACGAGCAGUUCGCCAACUCGGACAACGACAACAGCAGCGAGAACGGCGACGGCGAAUCCAAGCUACCUCAGAGCUUCUCCAUCCACAGCGACAUACCUCAGAGCUUCUCCAUCCACAACCUGUCGAAGCCGCACGUGGCCGAGUACCCGCAGAACGCGGCGCACCUCAGCCAGGAGCAGGUGCUGGAGAUGCGACAGUACGCGAUGAACACAAUGCGCGAGCUGCUGGGCAUCUACGGACUGACCUCUGAGGUCGCGGAGAGCAUUUCCAGGCAACUGCCGAUGGCGGCGUUCAGCAGUGGAAAACUCUUCGAGAACCUCACCAUCAAUCCGGCGCUGAAAAAAGAAGGCACACCCCCCUCUCAACCCCCCACCCCUCCUUCCACCCCGCUCUCCCCCAAAUCCAACGACCUCACCUCGAAGCCCCCCAGCAUCCCUAGCUUCCCCAACCUGAGCAUAACCCCCUCUCAAUCUAGUCAAAAAUUACCUCAAUUCAAUUCCCAAAGUACCCCCCUCAACUUGGGCAAAAGGCCCGCCCACACGUACGGCAAUGGGACAUCGGGCCUGAAUCAAUCUUCAUCGCAGACGCUCGAUUUUCCGUACAGUAGUGCAGAGUUAGAAGCUAUUAGGAAUAAGAUUAGUGAAGAUAGGAUACAAGAACAGAAGAAUGCACUCAGUGGGCGGGGCAUAUUUCCUGCAAAUUUACUUCCAUAUUCUCCAAUAACAAAGACUGAACCCUCGAGUCCCCCGCCACUGGAACAAAACCCACUGAAUGCAAUGAUGGCUCAAUCCUUAGCACCUACUACUCCUAGAGAACCAAUUUCCUCCUCAAAUAUGAUGAUGAAUAAAACCACUACUCAAGUCGACUAUUCAAAAUAUGUCAAGAAAUAUUCAUCGUCAUUAGAAUGUGGUAAUACCUAUUGCAAGGAUCUCAGUUAUAGAGAGCACUUCCAUUGCCUAGACUGCAACUCCCGCGUAUUCAUCAAGAAGGAGGAGAUGAUCAGGCACUUCAAGUGGCACAAAAAACGCGACGAAUCGCUACAGCACGGCUUCAUGCGCUACAGCCCUCUAGACGACUGCGGCGACCGGUUCGCCAAUUGCACGCACAAUAAGAAGCAGACGCACUACCACUGCAUCAAAGAGGGCUGCGACAAGGUCUACAUUUCCACGUCGGACGUCCAGAUGCACGCCAACUAUCACAGGAAGGACUCUGCGAUUAUCCAGGAAGGGUUCCAAAGGUACAGGGCAACCGAGGAAUGUGGGGCAAGCUAUUGUGCAUUCUUUGGACAGAGGACGACGCAUUUUCACUGCAGAAGAUCAGGAUGUAGAUUCACUUUCAAAAAUAAAAGCGACAUGGAGAAGCACAAGUCAUACCACAUCAAGGACGAGCAACUCUCGAGGGACGGUUUCAAAAAAUUCAUGAAAAACGAAAUAUGCCCCUUCGACAACUGCCGCUUCUCCAAAGUCUGCAACCACAUUCACUGCAUCCGACCCCAAUGCAGCUACGUCCUACAUAGCUCCGGCCAACUGUUCUCGCACAAGCGCAAACACGAGCGCAAAGACUCCGAACUGGCCUACCGAAAGUACAAACUAGCUCAAAGCAUGAUGAAAACCCUAUCCGACGGGUCCGCACCUCCCCCCAUGUCCUAUUCCCGGGACUACGAAGCCCAAAUCGACAGCCUCAACCUCGCCAUGUACAACCAGUCCUCAGGCGGAAUGUCCAACACCGAAAGCUUGAGCGAGCGUAACUCCCCGCUGAGUUACGAGGAAUCAGAAUCGGCCUCAGCCAUGGACCUCAGCGCCAACGACUCCAACUUCGCGCAGGACGACGUCCUCACCUACAACAGCGAGGACUACUGGAGGAAGUGCUGCCAAUUUGUGGCCGAGAACCGCUGCCCCAAGGAAGCCUGCGAGCUCAACCAUUCCGACCACUACCACUGCUUCCUCGAUAACUGUGAGAUGGCGUUCGGGAGUAAAGAUGGCGCCAGGGAGCACGCCAGGAACCACGAUCAGCAGGACAUAAUCACCGACAACUACUUCGGGGGCUGCGAUGACGGCUGCAUUUACCAGGAGAAGGAGAAGCACUACCAUUGCAGCUGGGAGGGGUGCCGGGAAGUGAUUCUGCCUGCGGAUAAGCCUUUUAGGCGGCUGGAGCACUACAAGAUGCACGAGUAUUCGAGGAAGCUGAGCCUCACGAAAGAUCCGCUGACCAUGACGCAUCUGUCGAGCUCGAUCGACGGGAUGUUUUGCAGGAAAAGGGGGAGGCCGCCGAAGAAUCGGGUCAUCGAAGUGUGGAAUGAUUAUUGUCCUACGGGUACCCAAAACUUGAUGGAUAGUCCUCAGGCCCUCUUCACUAGCUUCAAGCUGCCUAAACCCUCUAUGACACAAUCUAAUACAAAGGAUUUCGAGGAAAAAGACUCGAAUGAUGAUAGAUCUAGUACGCACAGUUCCACACCACAAGAUUACAGCGAACAAGGCUUCGACACGUACGCCGAAAACUCCAAGUGCCCGGACAACCUGUGCCCUUACCUAGGUUCCACGCACUUCCACUGCGUCCAGAACCGCUGCCUCUACAUAACCGACAAGGAGGACGCUCUCACGGUCCACGCCAAAGACUUCCACGACAAUGUCGACAUCCUCGACGGGUUCGAGUUCUACGACAGGAACAUCGACUGUCGGCUGCCGAAGUGUGGGAGCAACAGGAUCAACAGGCACUUCCACUGCACGAGACCAAACUGCAACUACUCCUUCGUGCAGUAUUCCUCCAUGGCCAUUCACAAUCAGAAACAUGUGGAGGAGAAUGGUGGGGUGCCGAUGCCUCAGAUAAGAGUGAAGACGGAGGUUCAGCUGACUGAGAACAGGCAGGAUACCGGCGACCAUUUGUAUAAAGCUAUCAAUCUGAGUCAAGGGAUCGAUAGUAAAGUGUCAGUGGUGAAGGCAUCAGGAACUUUCUAUCCUUUAUCUACAUUGCCAGAACACAAUCAAAAAUCACCAGAAUAUAAAACAAAUUCAGAUCCAUCUCAAUCUCAAGAUCCCCAUUUACAAACCAGCAACAACAUUCUGUACGGGCCCGAACUAACUUGCUCCAGGCCAUUCUGCAAACUAAAACGAAAAUACCAUUACCACUGCAACGCCUGCAACCAAGCCUUCAGCGAACUAGACCGCCUAAUAUCGCACGUCAGCAAACACAGCAGCGGCGCCCUGAACAGCCAAACCCCAGAAGACAACCACAACCACAACCAGUCCCCUCCGACUUCGCCAGCAGUCAAGCAAUCCCCCGAGUCCAAGAUCACUGUCGCCUCGCUGCAGAGCCUCCAGAGCCCCAUCAUCCAGCCCAAGGAGCCCGAGACCUACAUGACCCCCACCUUCGACGCCUACAGCCACUUCAACAACUUCAGCAGCCUGCAGUUCGCGCUCAUCUCGCAGCAGCAGCAGCAGAUGCAGAACGCGUUCCUGCCGCAGGGGCUGUACCAGAACCCGCAGCUGAUGUUCCAGCACGCGCAGCUGAUGCAGAGCCCGCUGCUGGCGCCGCAGAACCCCUUCCAGGGGGAGAAUUUGACCAGUCCGCUGGUGGCCAUGACGGCGAAUUUGAACAAGCGGCCGGUCAGCCCGCACGACAUCUCGCCGGAAGCCAAGAAGGCCAGGAUCCAGAACUCGAUGCGCAUCCUGAAAGACGAGCCCGUGCCCGAGGGCUACUUGCGGUUCCGCUUCAACGAGGACUGCCAGUACCAGCACUGCGGGUACCGCGAACACCAGACGCACUUCCACUGCCAGCGGCCCGACUGCGGCUACAGCUUCUGCGACAAGACGCGCUUCGUGCAGCACACGGCCAGGCACGAAAGGCUCGACACGCUGAUGGGCGGCGAUUUCCAGCAGUACCGGGCGAACGUGGCGUGCGGCCGGGGCGAUUGCGCCUACACGGCCAACUUGGGAUCCACCCAGAACAAGGCCUCUCACUUCCACUGCCUCAAGUGCGACUUCGUGUGCACCGACACUAACAAAGUGGUGGCGCAUCGCAGGCAACACCAGAAGCUGGACUCGAUCCAAGCGGCCGGCUUCGAGAAGUUCACGCCCAGCCAGAUAUGCAGAGUGCCCAGCUGCCAGCACAGCGGGAAACAAACGCACUACCAUUGCCUCCAGUGUCAGUACGCCGUCUUGGGACUUGCGCAAAUGUCCGCUCAUAAGUACAGACAUAUGGAGUGAGGUUAUGUUACGGUUUAAUUGGUUGAUAGGUGCUGCGGUGAAAAGGGAACGACGAGUUAUAAAUUCGAUUUCAUUUGGCAAAGUUCUUUGAAGUCAUUUUCGAUGUUAGCGGAUGUUAAAUCAAUUUGUGAUUCUCUGGAAAAUGCGUUUACAAAAAAAAUGGCGAGCAAGUCACCUCCAAGCAACAUUUCAGGUUAUGUGUAGGUUGGUUCUGACCAUGACCAGGGCUGUUCCAGUCAGUACUUUAGUACUGGAUUUAGUACUAUUCGAAGAUGUUCAGUACCAAAGUACUUUUUGGUGAAAUCUAAUACUAUAUGAGUUUUGAGAUCCUUGGUUUCACAUUGUUAACCAAGUGGAUGUUCCAACAAAGAAUACUUCAACCUUAUUAACGUCCAGUUAAUAAGUCAUAGUAUUAAAUGCAAGUGUAACAUUGCCUCUAAUUUACCAAAGCAAUGCCAACGCUUCCCAGUAGGUUUCAACGAUGUUUUCUUAUUUGCAAUUUCAUUUCUGAUGAAAGAAGUUGGUUGAAAUGACUCAAAUUUUCAUUCAGUGAUACUUUUUGAUAUGCAGAAUGGACGUAAUCUCUGUUUUUCAAAUAGAAUGCCAUUUAUAUCAACAGGUAGAUUAGACAUGUCCAUGAUGUGAAUAUUUCAAAUCUUUUGAUGAAGCAGUUUACUAUCCUAAACGAAAGAAAAGAAAGUUACAAAAGGUAUGCAAAUCUCUUUCUAACAUAUUCUAAUAAUUCUAAUGCUCCUAUCAUGACAUCGAAAUAUAGAAAAGUCUCAGAUUAUAUUCCCGUUUUAUUAGCAUUAGAUUAGUAUUUUAGAAACAAAUAUCGGACCUCCCUAUACUCUGACAUGAUUAUAUACAUAUAUGUAGGUAGUAUUGUCAGAAAGAGAUGUCUAACCAUAGUAUAACCCUCUCAGAACUUUCUUAUCCCUCGUUUAGGAAUCGGUAAAGAUAUUUUAUCGACCUAAAAGAGGUUUUCCAUCACAAAAUCCUGGUAUAUCAAGGAACGUCACAAAAUGGGAAUUUUAUUCUUUUUCUCCAACUUCUUUUAGAAACAUGUUUUCACGCGUCUAAGAACAAAAGAGUUGCGUGGAUAUAUAGGUUAUAGAUUUCAUUUCAAGAGGCGCAUCUUGUACCCAUUAAAUUUUACUUGGAUCUAAAGGAACCUUAUUCUUGUUAGUGGCACUUUAGACUGGAAAGUAGCUAUAUUUUACUACUUUAUCAGUAAAAGUAACACUGGCAUAAUAUGCAAGAACUCACAAUGCUGUUCUGUUGUGUUUGUUCUGGUUAUGAGUGAUGAGUUGAUGACUUGUUCAAUAUCCUCAAAAAAAAAUCUGUGAGGCAGAUUCUGUGGAUCCCGAUUAUCUAUAAAUAUUGUAAAUAUGUACAGAAAACGUAAUCUACUUUGUAAAUUACUUGUAAAUAGAUCUAAUUAUUUAAAUACCUCAUGAUACAUUGAGGAAAAAUUUUAGAGUAUAGCAGUUGAUUUGAAAAAAAAAAUCAGUUGAGUACUUUGUACUAAGUAAAAACCCAGCUGAAUCUCAACUGAGAGUUGUAAAAAUAAAUGCUAGGUAUCUGAUACGACUGUUGCAAAUCAGAGCAGUUUUAGCAAGAAAUUUGUUUCAAAAAAGUGAGACGCAAUAAUAUCAGUGAUAUAAUUAUGAUACUAAACAACUUACAAAAAUGUGUAGAUUUUUCAUUUACGAGUAGGGGAACAAAUUCUAAUUCAAAAAGACAUGGUAUUUUAGUUUCUAGAGUAGUUUUUACUAGAAAUAGAGGCCUUUUCUCAAUAGAUUUAGUGCCUUAGAAAAGACAUAUAACAUUUCGUGCCUUUUUGGGUACUUUUUUGGUAGAGAAACAUUUAGUAGAUGAUUUAUCAGGUUUCAAAAAGAAAUAUGUCAUUCCAUAUACCAAUUGUGCCAUAUUACGGUUAAAAAUAUACAAAUAAUAGCAGUUUUUCAGAAUGUUUUAGAGUAGAAUAUAUAGAUAGAGAUUAUAUGAAGUGUCAUAUCUUGAAAAAAUCAUUUUCCGUUUAUUUAUCCCAUUUUUCUUCACUAAUUAUUUAUUUGCACCCUUAUGUACAUGUCAUUGUGAAUUGUUUUGCCAUAUUUUUGAAAUAGUUUUAGACUGUUUGUUCUACAUCUUUUUUUCAUUUUUAUUGUUCAUAGCUAGUCUUUUCUUCUGCUUUUUUAUUACUUUUUUCUGUUUGAUUUUACUUUUAAACAUAGUCAUAUAAAAUUCACAAUCAUAAAAAUGAUUUUAAACCGACUCCCAAGUCAAUUUUUUAUUACAUUUAUUUAAGGUAAACCUAUAGAGUUGUAUGUAUGAUUAUUUUAUGUACGAGUGUAUUUUAUGUUAAUUCUCUGUGAUUGUAAGAUUUUAAAAAAAUAUCAGUAUUUAUAUCAUAA